CGAAAACAGUUUUCAUCAGGCUUUUAAGUUACAAACCAGUACAUUUGAAGCCCUCGAGGAAGAUCGUCGUCAGUCUUGUUUCGCUGGUCGAAGCGCAUAUUUGCUGAGUGGGUCACGUGUUAUCAACGUUGUUGAGAGACGAUUGUCUUGUGUUUCUACGAUGAAGGGUGUCAGUUGAUCGAUAUUUGUAACUCUAUCGUGUUAUUUUAAUACCAAUGGACCAAACCCAUGUGCAGUAUUUUAUUUAAUCUUUAGCUGAUGAAAACAACCGUUGGUAUUUUGUGAACGGUGGAAAAACAUAAAAGCUAGUGAAAAUGCUGAAACAAAUAACUGAAAACUCCCAAAAUCAGUUCUCAACCGAAGACUAUACGAUGCUGGUGACAAUGCUCGGGGUUUCCGCAGCAAUAGGCAUCUAUUUUGGAUUCUUCCAGGGGAAGAAUCAGACUACGGAAGACUUUCUCCUCGGUGGUCGGCAGAUGAAGCCAUUUCCAAUUGCGGUUUCGCUAAUUGCCAGUCAGAUGUCUGCCGUGUCCAUUAUGUCCAUCCCAGCGGAAAUGUACUCAUACGGUACGCAGUACUGGAUUAUUGCUCCAACUAUGAUCUGUAUCGUGGCGAUUAUCAACUACGUAUUCCUACCGGUGUUUUUCAACAACCAAAUCGUUAACUGCUACCAAUAUUUGGAAAAUCGUUUUAGCCCAUCGGUGAAGACGUUCGUCACUGCUAUGUACGUUUUGAACAUCUACCUGAUACUACCUGUGUUCCUUUUUACACCUUCAUUGGCACUCGCGCAGGUGACGGGAGCUAACGUGCAUCUGAUCAAUGGAAUCAUGUGUUUUGUGUGCUUUUUCUACACCAUGUUUGGAGGCAUCAAAGCCGUCGUGUGGACAGAGGUACUACAAGGGCACAUCAUGUUUGCGUCAUGUUUCCUGGUUGCAGUCAUUGGCUUGUGCAAAGUGGGUGGCUUCUCUGAAGUAUUCUCAAAAGCGGCCUCCGGAGAUAGGCUAGAGUUAUUCGACAUGACUCCCGACGUCACGGCACGGCAGACGUUCUGGACUGCCAGCAUAGGAAACAUAUUUCUGUGGACCGGUUAUCUGGGACUGAAUCAGAGUUGCGUCCAGCGGAUGGUGGCGGUUCCCAGUAUAAAGCAUGCGCGAACAGCAUUAUGGAUUUUUUGCGCUGGGUUCGUGAUCAUCACCAGUUUGAACUGCUUCACAGGAAUGAUAAUCUUCGCUAAAUAUUUUGAAUGUGACCCAAUUAAAGUGAAACUGGUAGAGAGGGCCGAUAAGCUGUUGCCUUUCUUCGUCCAGGAUGUGGCAGGUAGUCUUAAAGGAAUGCCAGGCGUUUUUAUUGCUUGUGUUUUCAGUGCGGGAUUAAGCACGAUGUCUGCCAACCUUAGCUCUCUUGCAGGAAUAAUUUACGACGAUUACAUACGGCCGCUGAAGCUCUACCAACAUUCAGAUGCGUCCGCUAAUUUAACUAUGAAACUGUUAAUUCUAUUGAGUGGAUUGUAUUGCAUUGCCAUGGGUUUGGUGGUGCAGCAAUUGGGUCAAAUUUUGCAGCUGGUGAUCACCAUUGCAAGUGUCACUCAAGGGGCUGUGAUUGGUAUAUUUUGUCUGGGUAUGCUGUGGCCUUGGGCGAAUAAACAUGGUGCCUUGUGGGGAUCCGCCGCUAGCGUGAUAGGUGUCUCCUGGAUCGUCAUUGGAGGAGUCAUUAAGAAUGCAGCCCUCAGUUAUCCACCGAAGCCAACCAACGUGGACGGUUGCUCUGAGUAUGGGUUCAACGUAACGCAAACUUCGGCUGUUCAGCAAAUGUUCCAAGAACCCAAUCCAGAGUUCUCAAUUUAUAAAAUCUCAUUCGUGUGGUAUUCAACAAUUGGAACGCUUCUGGUGUUUCUAGUUGGUAUUCCCAUUAGUUACCUCACUGGUUCACAGGAUUUACGUCAGAUGAAUGUUAAAUUAUUAGCACCAAUAGCGCAAAGGUUGCUGCCCCGUAGAAAGUCAACUGAGGAAUUACCAAUUCUGAUAGAUGAUGAGAAAGUUAAAAUGAUGAGACAAUUUCUCCUGGAUACACUGCAGAGCAUACGGUAGUUGGUAACUGUAUUAAAAUUACUUGAAAUCGCUUAUUUUUUCUUAGUAUUUUUUAAUAAACCAAGACACCAAAACGAAACGAAACUAAAA